CGGCCAUGGCGGCGGCGGCGGCGGCGGCGGCGCGGGCCUACGGGGCGGCCUUCGGCGGGGGGGCGCCGGGCCUGGCCGCCUGGGCCCCCGGCAGGGUCAACCUCAUCGGCGAGCACACCGACUACAACGGCGGCUUCGUGCUGCCCAUGGCCCUGCAGCUGGGGACCGUGCUGGUGGGGUCGCCCACGCAGGACGGCGUCAUCUCCAUCCUCACCACUGCGGAGGGGGCGGACGAGCCCAGGAUGGUGCGGUUCCCGGUGCCGAGCCACGGCAGCCCCCUGAGCCCUGGCCAGCCUCGCUGGGCCAAUUACGUCAAGGGGGUGAUCCAGCACUACCGGGCUGGGCCCCUGCCAGGCUUCAACGCUGUGAUAGCCAGCGACGUCCCCCUCGGCGGCGGCCUCUCCAGCUCGGCCUCUCUGGAAGUAGCCACGUACACCUUCCUCCAGCAGCUCUGCCCAGAUGACGGCAAUUUAGAGGCCAAGGCGCUGGCAUGCCAGAAAGCUGAGCACACUUUUGCUGGCAUGCCCUGCGGGAUCAUGGACCAGUUCAUAUCCGUGAUGGGCAAGGAAGGCCACGCGCUGCUCAUCGACUGCAGGUCCCUGGAGACCGUCCUGGUACCACUGACCGACGCCAGCUUGGCUGUCCUCAUCACCAACUCCAACGUGCGGCACACGCUGACGGGAAGCGAGUACCCGAGCCGCCGGCGUCAGUGCGAGGAGGCUGCUGCAGCGCUGGGCAAAGCCAGCCUCCGGGAUGCCACUAUGGCUGAGCUGGAAGCGGCCAAGGACCGGCUGAGCGAGGAGAUUUACCGGCGAGCCAGGCACGUCAUUGGGGAAAUCGAGCGCACGGCCCAGGCAGCGCAAGCGCUCCAGGCCAGGGACUACCAGACGUUUGGGAGGCUGAUGGUGGAGAGUCACAACUCCCUCAGGGAUGACUACGAAGUCAGCUGCCCGGAGCUGGACGAGCUGGUAGCAGUGGCCCUGGAGGUCGAUGGGGUUUACGGCAGCAGGAUGACAGGGGGAGGCUUCGGCGGCUGCACCGUGACUCUGCUGGAGGCCAGGGCUGCAGAGAGGGCCCAGGAGCACAUCAAGGAAAAAUACAGUGGUAUGGCAACCUUCUACAUCACCAGACCUUCUGAUGGGGCAAAGGUGCAGCCCCUGUAGAGAAACACCUGCCUUUUCUGGGCUGGGAUCAUCUCUGAGGAAAUCAAGGCAGCUGCUUUCCUUGCUCCACCAGGGAAUCAAUUUAUGUCCACAUCAUCUGUCUAAUAAAGACUAAACAUUUGCACAGCA